AACCUCAAAUAUAAUAACAAGACUAUAAACAAUUGUUCAAUGUUGACCUAAUUAACAACUCAUGUAAUUUAUCACUCAUGCAUUUUUAAAUAUUAUCAACAAGACUUUUAAUUUUUAAUCAUCUCAUUCAUAAGAUAGGACAAUGGAGUAAGUAGGAAAUUACUUCUUCUCAAAAGAAUGGUCAAACAAGAAAAACACAGAAUCUCUAUAAGUUCCAAACCAAAAUCCAAAUUUUACAUCAUCUAUCUACUGAUUAUUCUUGUAUAUCUCCUCUAUUGCUCACUCCAUCAAGAUAUGGCUGUUGAGUUCUAUGAUUUUGGACCUUACAAGAUCCACCAUACUUCAGUCUUUCAUACAACAGAUCUUUCUUUUGCCUUUGUCAACCUGCGUCCUGCUGUCACUGGUCAUGUUCUUAUCUGUCCGAAGCGCGAAGUGAAGCGCGUUGCCGAUCUUACUGAUGAUGAGAAUAUUGAGUUAUGGCGUAUAGCGCAUAAGCUUGGUAGACAGCUUGAGAGUUAUCAUAAUGCAUCGUCACUUACAUUUUGUAUCCAAGAUGGACCUUAUGCUGGGCAAUCAGUUCCUCAUGUUCAUAUUCAUAUUCUUCCUAGGAAAAAUGGUGAUUAUGAAAACAAUGAUGAUAUUUAUGAUGAGAUAAAUGAAAAGGAGAAGGAACUGAAAAAGAAGCUAGAGGUGGAUAUAGAGAGGAAAGAUAGGAGUCUUGAAGAAAUGGCACAAGAGGCUGAUGAAUAUAGAAAAUUUGUAUUUUGAAAGGGGCACAAGAAUAUAUGAAGAGUUACUAAAUCUGGAUUUAAGAAAAUAUUGAUAAUUAAGGAACAAAGUUGUUUGAGAAUUGUUUAUGUCAUUUGAAUAUAGAUUAUGAAAGUGUCAAACUCAAGAAAUUAGAAUUGGUGUGUUUCUUAGGCUAGCUUUGGUAUUGCUGUGUCAUGGGGGAAAUCAAGUGAUAUAGAGAAAAGUUCAUGAUGUGUGGUUGUGAAAUUAAACUAGUUUUAAGUUAAUGUGUUGUGUGAAUGGUUGUGAAAUUAAACUCUAUCUUAAAGUUAAUGUGUUUUGUUUGGGUAGCAUUUUUCAAUUGAAAAGUGGAUUCAUUUGUAAA